AUGGUCUUGGCAACGAACCUCCCUCAUCAUCGGCAACCGCAAGCCUUCAAUUCAACACCACAACUCGCAUUUAAUCCAGCCAUUCUGCCCAUUGCCGUCGUCACAAUGGCUGGCCCAAGCAAAUCUCUCGUCCUCGAUCCUGCUCUGCAGAAGUACUACGAACUCAACGCAAAUCGCUACAAAUACUUCCGCUGGACACCGCGAAAUGCAUGGCUGACUUUGCUCUACGUUGGCAUUGUGCCGAGUAUCGUUGGCUACAUCGCAAUCAAGACGGAGGGAAAAUAUGAUCUCAGAGGAAAGAGGCGAGGCGACACCAUUGUUGAAUUUUAG